GACCGGUGCAGCAGCAGCAGCAGCAGCAGUGUGCUCCCAUCACGAAGAGAGAGAGAGAGAGAGAGAGGAAAGCAACAUCUCCUCCUUUUCCACCCAGCAUCUUCACCCACCGACAGCGACUCGAGUGGGAACACACAAGUGCUCUCAGACCGUCCUCCGGUGUCCAGAGUUCCCCCUCUUCCUCCUCCUCCUCAAAAUGUCCGUGGGCAGUGACUUUGGGAACCCUUUAAGAAAAUUCAAACUCGUCUUUCUCGGGGAGCAAAGUGUUGGAAAGACGUCUCUGAUCACACGGUUCAUGUAUGACAGCUUUGACAACACAUAUCAGGCCACAAUUGGAAUCGACUUCCUGUCGAAAACCAUGUACUUGGAAGAUCGAACGCUUUCUCUCUCUGAACCACAGGUGAGGUUGCAGCUCUGGGACACAGCGGGACAAGAGCGCUUCAGGAGCCUCAUCCCCAGUUAUAUACGCGACUCCACUGUGGCCGUGGUGGUCUACGACAUUACAAAUGUGAAUUCAUUCCAGCAGACCUCGAAAUGGAUCGAGGAUGUGAGAACAGAGAGGGGAAGCGAUGUCAUCAUUAUGCUCGUCGGCAAUAAAACAGACCUGGCAGAUAAAAGGCAAAUCACAAUUGAGGAAGGGGAGCAGAGGGCCAAAGAGCUGAGCGUCAUGUUCAUAGAGACCAGCGCCAAGACAGGUUACAACGUCAAACAGCUGUUUCGCCGCGUGGCAGCUGCUCUUCCAGGAAUGGAAAGUAUGCAAGAAACAAGCAAAGAAGGGAUGAUCGACAUCAAGCUGGACAAACCGCAGGAGCCGCAGACGACUGAAGGUGGCUGUUCCUGUUAAUACAUCUCUGAACAUCCUCAUUUACACCACCUGCUUGUUAUGUUGCUUCUUAUUGGUUAACCUGCAGUUGACUUUUGCACGUUGAGAAUCUGGCCUCCUCACCUGACUGACUACUGGUCAUCUGUUGGAACUAGCAAUAUGUGAAUUUGCUUCUGAAGUAGUGUAGCCUACUUUGUUAAUGAAACUGCCAAAAAGUCCAACAACUUGCAAAAAAAAAAAAAAAAAGAGAAAGAAAAAGAUGUUAAAAAAAGAUGCAAAAGUUGUGAAUGUGGAUGGAAUUUUUUAAGUCGAAAAGGAAGUUUCCCCCGUUUCUUUUUUGUAUAUUUUUGUAUAUUCAGGGAAAUCUCUCUGGAAAGGUUGUUUUUUUAAGAGAUGCAGAAAACUGAGCUCUGUUCGAGGGCUUGAUGAGAACGGAUUGUUUUAGACACAUUUUUAUGGAUCCUGACUCAUGACAGGAUCAACUGCGGCCCUCCUAACGUUAUUACCCAGAUGUCACUUCUUCCUAACCCCUUACAUUUAAUCAUGUAAAGGAUUAUACUGAAACAGUUUUUAUCUGUAACCCAGCGUUUCCAUUUAAAGGGCCUCCUGUCAACGUGCGAUCCAUAAUUUUGUGUUCUAGUUGCACAGGAACAAGUGAACAGUAACAUCUUGAGUAUCUAAUGCAUGCCUAGUUUUUCAGCAUAGGUACUGUCUACCAGUGUACACAAAUAUGUAAAAAUGGUAACGUAACACCAGUGACUUAAUGCACUCUGAUAAUGACUAGUCCAUGUCCUUAUGUUUCUGAAAACUGUUGAACUGGAUUUGUAUACUUGACUUCAGAGUAUCUUUUUGUCGUGCGUGUGUGUAAAUGUGUGCUUUCUGUAUAGGCAACAUUAGAAUGCAGCUGUAUUGAGGGCCACUGCCGAGUCGUCUUAUUAUUGCCACAUCACCACACAUUUUAGGUCACACAUAGUCUGCAGGAGGUACAAGGCUUUGUUCAGUCUGCCAGCCCAGUGUUUCUGUCAAACCCAGAUUGUUCCAGGUGGAUUUUAGAAAGUCUGGACAUGAUAUGCGACCAUUGCAACGCACAUUGAGUGAUUCAUAAUGCAAUUUUAGUCAGAUGUUUACAAAUGAAUCCCAGUCAUGGCACUGGUUGCUCCAAUUAGAUUUUAAAGUAUCAGUUCCAAUGUGACACAUCAAAGAUGUUAAAUCCAGGAUGAUGGCGGUGCAUCAUGGUGCUAAACCACUGCUUGACAACUGAAUGGAUGGAAAAUAUACAUUCAUUCAUUCCCUUUUGUUCAGCAGCUGAUACGCUGCACAAAGCAUCCUGCUGAUGUGACUAGAGGGCCUCAAAGAAUUCAAGAGAGCAAAUCAAGCUGCAACAUACAUGGCUUUAUUAACAGCUAUGUAUGAAUCCUUGAUGAUACAAUGCCAGACUAAUGUUGUGUGUUAGUUGAAAAUCUAAGAUUUGUAAAACAAAAGUUGGCAAAUGUCUUAAUUACAAUAAUGUCUUUCAUUCAAAUGUAUUUAAAGCCCGUGACGAGCUUUAGCUUGUUCUGAAUCAGACUAAAAUCAAUACUGAUGUCUCUUUAUGACCUUCAAAAGUCUACACCGCCAUCAGCAACAAGAUUGAUUUUUUUAUAUACCCUAAUUUCAAUGUUUUUAACAGCUGGCAUGGAGGUCAGAUUUCAGAUGAGAUGAUUCACAGCUGCAUUUAGUCAAACAUUUACAAUUGAAUGUUUAAAAAAAGAGAUGUACAGAGUUGUCCACAAGGGGGCGCCAGACAGAAAGUUCCUCACAGGAGCUUUAAACUCUAAAGCUGUUGAAUUCACAGUCAUUGGAUCUUAAUUCAGAACGGGAGUAUUAUCUCACUCAUUCUGUCAAAGUGAUCUGAGACAAAAUCCCCCUUUUGGGAAGCUGGUAGGAUUCACAAAAUCUCCUCCACCGCGUCAGUGACGAUGAAGUCUGAGCACAAAAUCCUGACCUGUUAAUGACAGUGUGGAGCGUUUGUCUAACAUCUGAUUUGAUAAACAAAUGCGGUUUGGCUGCAGUGUGAACAAAACCUCAGACUCCACACUCACAACAUUAUGACAUCUGUUGUUUUAUUGUGUGGUAUCUCGUAUAGUUGUGAUCGUGGUAGUCUGCACAUUCGCUGUACGUGAGCAGUGGAGAUCCAUAACUCUUGCCUUGUUGUCACAGAGGAGCGUGUGGCGUUCUCUGCGUGGUGAUCUGUAGACUUUAAAGCCGGUCCUGUGAUCAAACAGACGUCUAACAUUGUAAAAACAGUGCUUUGUUUCAUUUCUGACAGAAGACUAAUUUGCACAUGUAGACCUUUCAGGUGAAUAUGAAGUUCAGAAAACGCUUCAUUGUAAAUGUACAGUCACUGAAUGGAAAAGUUGUCUGGUUGUCAUAGAAACUGUCACGUAAGGUGUCCCCACUGAGAUGAGCUUUUCUUUGCUGCUUGUGUUUAAACUGACUACUGACGUUGGCAUUAUGCAGUGUUGUUUGAUUUGUAUUAUUCUGGUUAUGUUAGAGCCAGCUAUCAUGACGUGCUGGUGGUGAAGAGGCGAGAACACUACUCUGAGUUGUCUCUGAAGUGACGUCUUACUGCACUUUUUAAGAACAUGUUUUAGAGUUAGAGAGAAAAUGUCAAUCUAAAAAAAAAAAAACUGAAAAAAAGAAAAGAAAAGAAAAGAAACGUCUUCAGCUCCAGGACUUUUGGAGUUCUGUCAUAUUAGAGUAGAUCUGUUUGUUGAUGAAGUGUUCACACAUGUCCAAAAAAAGGGGAGCACUCGUGUUAAAAUAGUGAACAUUUCUAACCCACAUAACGAGCCAAAUGAUGAAAAAACUAAGAGCUGGAGAAAACAUUACAGCAGAUCUUGACUGUCUGGGACACACUUUUCUAGAGGUUUUGGGAAUAAUAAAAGUGAUAGUCAGGAAGGAAUUUAAAUGUAAAAUCCCUAAAAAUGAACAGAGAAAUGAUUACACAUGAACCCUGUUUUAUUUAUGAUCUCAAACAGGAAUGUACUGCUCGCCUUACCGAGCACUCAGCCUCAUAAGGAGAGAUCUUUUUGAGAAAUGAAUCACUGGAGGUUUAUUGUUCAACGAGGAUAAAUGAUUAACUAGUUACUAAAGACGUUCCUUCCCCCCUUUAUUUUAAAUAAAAAAAACACCUCACCCAGUUUAACAUUCCCCCUUAAUGGACCAAGCAAUGCAACAAAUGUGUGCAUGUGGAGGGUCUGCAUUAGAAGAUAGGGGUGGGGGGUCACAGCUCUAAGCAGCAGACCUGAUCAGUCCAGAGCUGGCUCUUCAUUCACACUGUACAGAGAUCUAGCAUGUCUCUCCAAAUGAUUAAUAAAGAUGUCUUAUUACCAAAGUCA